AUGAAGAGUCUCUUUAUCGCCGCUUUCUUCCUGCUGACACUUUUUAUCACAAACAUUGUGUAUGAAUACAUUCAUACAUUUAACUCGCGAAAAUUGAAGCACAGAAAAGGUGUAAAUAACAACAAGAAUCUUGUGGAGUUUUUUUUGCACGUUCAAAUUUUGAGGGACAUAAUCGUAACGUCGAUAAAUAAUUUCUUAAUAAAAGUGAAUCUGAUCCUUCACUGCGUGGCAAGAUUUCUCUUUUUUAGCAAAAACAGAUACAUCCCAACAGGCAGCCAAGAUGAGCAAAUUGUAGGUGCGGACAACCAUUACGUCGAUGCGGACAACCAUUAUGUCGAUGCGGACAACGAAGGAGAUUACAACAAAAGGCAAAAUGUUCAAGUGAAGACAAUUUACUUCAUAAGGCAUAGCGAAUCCGUGUGGAAUAACGUUUUUAACAGAAGACUCACAACAAAAACGCUUUUAAAUUUGUUCCUAGUCCUCUUCCACGAAAUUUUCUUCUUCUUUAGAAUUAUUCAGUCCAUUGAAUUAUCAAACUUUUUGCAGCAAGAAAAAAGUGCAACGAAAAAUGGAGAUAAACUUUGCGUAGUUCCGAUAAGCCCAUUGGAUAGGGAGGACGAGCAGACGCAGGUUGACGAAAAUGAAGACAUCGAAAUGGCAGACAUGAAUGAGCAAAUGGGGGACAACACAAAUGGUGAUGAUGGGAAGGAGGAGGACUCUAAUGACAAUGCCUCUCCAAACCAGAACAAUAACGGCAGUGCGAACUAUGAAAAUAAGAACAUUGGAGAAGAGGGCCUUGUCGUCGAUUAUGUACAUGCAGGAGAUGGAAGGACAGGAAAUAAUACGGGGCAAAUUCUAAGGAAGAGAAGGGGUGGUCAAGAUGCAGACGCAAACGCAAACGCAAACACAAACAGAAGCACAUUCCAAGAUGGAGAUGCAUUUACUAAUCACGAAUCGAUGAUGCACCCAAGUGACACCCACGUGGAUAAUAAUCAUCUUAAUAACCAGCAGGACCAUCAAAAUGACCUCCAAGUGAACAGGAACAAUUACCACGAAAAGUACAACCAUAGGGAAAUCAUAAACCAAAGUCUCAAGGAUCAUAUUGACAUCCUUAACCACAGUGUAAAGUAUCCAAGUGCCAUUUUGUGCUCAGAUUUAAGAAGGGCAAUAUCAAGCUGCUUUAUAGCCCUGUACAACAGGAUAAAUAAAAAUAACGAACAAAUCCAAGUACUAAAUUCACUACAAGAAAUCAGCAGAAAUCCUGACUGCGUUUCGCUUUUCGAUUUUCACGACAAUAAAUAUAUCAGCACAGAUAUUGAAAAAUUUGUGCACAAAGAUGUAGAAAAAAUUUGCAAAAAAAAUAUACGAAUUAAAAGAAAUUUUGUAAGUAACAAAUUUUUUGAUACCCUCUCGUACAUUUUUAAUAAUGACAUGAAUAUAUUUAUCAUAUUUGGCCACAGCCUGUGGUUCCGCCUUUUUUUCAAUUACUUCCUGAAGCAGCCUCACAAGGCUAAAACGCACAAAAUACAGAACUCGGGGGUCGUUGUUUUUAAUAUGAUUAAGUAUUACCAGGAUAACAAAGUCAAUUACGAAAUUGAGAAGAACAGCGUACGCGUGCUCUAUAAGGGAUUUCUCGAGAAGGAGCACAACGAGGUUGACUAG